GAUUUCUAGGACGAGAAAGAGAACCAUUUCCAAUAUUGCUAUUGCCAUUGUCAUUGUCAAAAGUCAUUAUGAAAUGCAAAUGUCAAUGUCAAUGUCAAUGUCAAUGUCAAAGGCUCAAAUCCUUUUAGCACCAAUAUCUUUUGAUUGGGUUCAACAAGAAUUCCUUAAGGCUCACAAUGAUUUAAGAAGCAGUGUUGGUGUUCCUCCUUUGCAAUGGGAUGCUAAUUUAGCCUCUUUUGCACUUGAUUGGGCUACUCAGCGUAAGCAUGAUUGUAAUUACAGGCGACAUUCAACCGGGCCAUAUGGAGAGAACAUCUUCUGGCAACUAUACAAAGAGAUACCUCCAACUGGUGUAGUGCAAAAAUGGUUCUCAGAAAAGAAGUUUUUCGAUGAGGUAAAUAAUGUUUGCAAAUGCCAACCUGAAAAGGAAGGAUGUGAAUGUGGGCAUUACUUGAAUGUGGUUUGGAAAACUACAAAGAAAGUUGGAUGCAGUGGCUUUGUUUAUUGCAAUGAUCAAAAGGGUGUUUAUAUUGUCUGCUCAUACGAUCCUAUUGGCAAUGUUAAAGGUGUCAACCCUUUGAAUCCUGGUGAUUUAACAACUAAUUCCACCAACCAUUGAAGCUAGUUAAUGCUAAUUAGGUGUUAACCUCUCAGUUUUUGAUAACUAAUUUUGGUGUAUAUGUUUGAUCGAUAAAUAAUGAUUUUGAUUUGUAAUCACAUUGUAAGGAUCAAUGAAUGGAAAUUGGUUUAUUUAUA